ACUAACCUGUCAAACUGUCCUGUCUCCAUGCUCCAAAUAAUAUUAUAAUAAUGUAUUAUAGUGAUCUGUGUUUGAGUUGAACCUUUGAACUUAUUAGCGUGGGGAAAAUAACGAAAUUGUAAUAGUUGCGUUGUCUGAAUGAAUUUUGUGAUUUUGAGACUUACAUAAAUCAUAAAAACAUACAAGUAAAUUGUUGUGCGUUCCUUUGACACUGAGCUCUGACAUUUAUCAAAGACGCCAUGUUUGUCACGUUUUUGCCAAUAAUUGAGAUUUAACCGAAAUUUAUUUAACUUAUAAAGUUUAUCCUGCAAGCAGUUGAUAAUCAAUGAUAUCAAUAUAACAAAUCAAAAUGAGUGCGAAAUAUCCGGCAAGAAAGAACAAGCGAGCUAGAUCACCUACCGACGACAUCAAUAAUUCAUUUAUCAAGAAUGUAACUGCAAGAAUGUCAGGUUUAAUGCCUGCUUCAGUGUCAAAAUGGUUUGGCUGUCCACGUUCCUCAAAUGCUAAUGGUUCUGCACCAGUUGCUGAGUCUUCAGAUUCUUCAACAGAAGAUGAAGCUCCAGAGGACCAAAUAUUUCAACCUCUUUCUAAAAAAAUGCGCUAUAGCCCAGCAUCUACUUCAAAUGACUAUGCCCCCAAAACAAAAUCCACAAGUACUAAUACAGAAUCUACUGAGACGUUCAGCAUAGUAAAGUCUCCUAUAAGUACUAGCACAUUUAGGCCAGAAACUGACAUUACAUCAACGCCUCGACACUCUCCUAGUGAAAAUGUGAUGCAAAUACACAACACAAUUACAGGCUAUAAUUCAGUUAUAAGAAAUCGGAAAUCGCUCUUUGAUAUACCAGAUGAUGAGAGAUCUUACAAAAAAUUGCCACCGCCAGAUUCGGUGCAGGGUGGUAGUGAACCGCAAAUAAAACGGAGCUUGUUAGGUUCACCAUUCUAUGCGGGAAGAACAAGAUAUGGGGGAGCAGCAGGCUCUUACAUGCCAGAUAUCAAACGCAGAAAGAUUGCAUUAGUUAGUGAAUCUGCAAACAAUGACAGCUUUACCAUGAGCCAUGCUACCAAGCGAGUAAUGGAUUUAUUGGAAAACUAUUCAUCUCCAUUAGUAGAAGCCAAAAGAAUAUCACAAUGUGUGAAAACUUCUAAAAGCUUCGAUAAUUCACGUCCAAAGAAUGCAUAUAAAACUCAAGAACUCUAUAUACAAAGUAUGGCGAAAAUAUUACAAUUCCGACAAAGAACUCGACAAAUGGGUAGCACUAAAAUUGCUCGCCAAAUAAUUGCAUCAAAUAGCAGCUCAGUGGCUGUUCAACCAAAUACAGCUUCACAAACUCAAUGCAAUAAUCCGAAAGAAACAACGGAUAAAUUAACUACAAAAAUCAAAGUGAACCUAACAAGAGCUAACCGAAAUGAUAAGGCAGUCGGAGCCACCGAUGAACCAGCUCCAGUUCAUCUUCCAACUGCAGUUUUACAAAUUGAUCAAAACAAUUUACCUAAAUUCACAUUUGGCACCAGUACAGGGACGGAAACCCUAUCGGAUAUUGCAACACAUAUCUGCAAAGAGAUAGAUGCAGUCGAAACAUCCGCAAAUGCCACUAAUUCUAAAUCUGUUACUACUACAACUACUGCAAAUUCGCCUAUUUCUGUCAAUUCAACAUCUAUUUCUGCAACAAACUUGACGAAACAAGAUACACUGAUAAAUAACAGAACGGAAAUUACCAGUAAGCCACAUACUAUUAUAAACGAUGAUCCUUAUAAAUUUUCCAGUCCUAUUAUGGUACAAUGUAUAGGGACAGUACAAACUUCUUCACCACUACCUAAUUAUACUUUUGGUUCUCCAGAGCGGCGGACUAUGGAACAAUCAAAAGAAAAGGAAUCUAACAAAAAAAUUAAAACACAAACACAAUCUGAAACUUGGAAAUGUAACGAUUGCUGGGUUCCUAACGAAGCCAACUCUGACAAGUGUGUUUGUUGCGGAGCUGCAAAGCCAACAAAGAGUGUUAGUAAAGCUGAGCAUUGUUCAGUCUGUAAAGUUGCUUUGAGUCAAGAACGCUUAGAUAAAUGUGCUAACUGUGAAAAAGUAAACAACAAAGUUGAUGGACUGGUAACAAACUCAAAUGUUACAUACAAAUUGCAACAAUCGUACCUCUUUACAGAUUGCUGCACCAAUAUUGCAGGUUUAGACAAAUGUGUUUGGUGUAGCGAUAAAAAAUCUGAGGAAUUGCCUGCUGUUAUUAAGGGUAAACCUGAUAAUGCUAGCGAAUGGAAAUGCGAUUAUUGCUGGAUAAAAAAUAAAAGCAGUGCUGAUAAAUGUGCAGCAUGUGGUAGUACUUCUCCACAAAGUAAGACUAAAGAACAUUUAUCUCAACCUCAAAUUGGUAUUCAGACAAGCAGUGAUUCCACACUUAAAUCUAUUAUGAGUUCACAAUGUGAAAAAUGGGAGUGUACGAAUUGCUUGGUGCGAAAUGAUAAAAACAGAAGUAAAUGUGUCUGCUGUGACGCGGAAAAGUCUGGCAAAACGAAAGCAUCUGAAGGGAUUGAUUUUAAUUUUGGUACUCUUAAAAAUACAACUUUCAAGUUUGGCAUUGAUCGUAAUCAAAAUAUCUCCGAAAACAAAACCGAAUCUUUACCUGUGACACAGUUAGAAAUGCCAGCUAAACAGUCGGAAACAAAUAAUAACAAUGUACCUGAACAUGCUACUUUUACCUUUGGGAUACCCAAGGUGAAAACUUCUAAUAAGAUUACCACUGAGAAAGAAACAAUAGCAGAAGGAGCUUCUACACCAACAUUUAUAUUUGGUGUAUCGAAAUCUAUCAUACCUUCCGCAUCUGCAGACACUACUGUUUUCAGAAGUCCAAUCAAUGAAGGCUCAAAGUUUUCUGAGAGAACACCAUCUAAGACUUCACUAGAAAAUGAUGAAAAAAUCCAGGAAGUUCCAAAUAUUGAACAACCUAAUACAAGUGCUUCAGAUAAUAUUCAAAAGCCAGCUGGUUUGUUUGGAAUACCAUUGAGUCCUUCAUCAGUAGGUAAGACUCCAUCAGCUGGGAUCACUUUUGGGCAAACAAAACAACCGGCUAACACACAGGCUGUAGCGACAGCUGCUACUGAUGCAAAUGUACCUCAAAGUACAUUUAGUUUUCCCGGUUCCGGUAACUCAGGUUUACAAUUAUUUCCUGCUGUAACAACAGCCUCAACAUCUAGUAUAUCUUUUCCCAUUAUAGCACCUUCAACUUCGUCUAUUUCUUUUUUCCAAAAAAGUGAGCCUGUCUCUACAACUUCAAUGCAAUUGUUUUCUAAAACUGAUCCAAUUCCUUCAUCUUUAUCAUUAUUUAAUAAAAAUGAAACAGUGACGACAAAUACUGCAGUAGCAGCGCCGUUGCUCUCCAGUGCCCCAGUAUUUAGUUUCGGUACUAACACUCAAAAUACAAAAAUUGAGAAGCCUAAGUUUAAUUUCUCUUUUGGAAAGACUUCUGAAAUACGUCCAGUAUUUAGUUUGCCAACGUCAAAUACCGGCAAUAAUUUGGCAGGAAACGGCUUGUCUAGUGGUAACAUCACUUCUGCUAAUACAAUAUCUGGAGGAAACGGACUAGCCACAGGAAACUCAAAAGCAGGGGGGAGCAGCUUGUCCUCGAACUCAAUAGCUUCGGGACUUAUAGGAGGACCAACAAAGAAAGAUAAUAUAAUGUGGCCAUCAAAUAAUGAGGUGAGUGCAAUUAAAAUGGGUGCAGGAAACAGCAUCGAACAAGGCAAUAAUAAUUUACCUCCAGUUCAGCCCAGUAACCUGUUUUCUCUACAAGCAAAGAAAGAAAACACAUGGUCACUUAAUCAAAACACUACUUUGGGGUCGCUUAAAUUGCCGUCAGGAAACACUGUAGAUCCUGCAAAAAUUUCAGUAGGGAAUGCAUCAGGUACAAUGUUUGGCACACCGGACAAGAAAGAAAACAUGUGGUCUAUGAAUAACAGCAGUUCUAAUAUGUUUGCGCAAAUUCCUGGGACUAAUAAUGUGCAAAAACCGGCAACUUUUUCUUUUGGCUCAUCAAUGCAGUUCAAUGCCAACAAUGUGACACCUGCGUCGACUUUCGGAAAUCCCACACAGCCGCAGGCUCAAAACAUGUUCGGGAUAUCAACUCAAGUUAAUAACAAUCAGUCUGUUAUGUUCUCGCCGACUUUACAAAGUCAAGCUCCGCCGAAUAUAUUUGGAGCACAAGCUGUAAGCAACACGGCACCUUCAGUGGGAAUGUUUGCAACGCCAAACGCAGGGGCAACUCCAUUUGGGGCACUGAAUUCUUCUGUACCAACAUUCGAGGUUGCUCCACUGAACCCUGUUACUCCAACAUUCAACUUUGGUGCCCAGCAGACUACAGGAGUUUUUGGUUUUGGACAGCAACAAGCACAAUCGCAAGGCGGAGUGUACAAAUUCGGAGCGCAGGCGGCAGGGUCCCCCCAACGGCAGUUUAACAUCGGCACAGCUGGGAGCGCUGCCAACGCGGUGAGCCGGCGACCAAUGCGGCGAGCCGUGCGCAGAACAAACCAACGGUGAAUGCCAAUAUAAUCUUACGCCUGCAGUAAUUCUGAUCAACGACAUUGUAAACAAAAUGACUUUGCCUUCAUGGUAAUGUAUUAUGAUGUUUUUAACUACAUAGUUGAAUUUUUAACUAAAUGAAGCAAAUUGAAAAACAGAUAGUAUUGGAACAAAAAGAUACUGAUAUGAAUCAAUGACUCAGUACGAUGAGGAUCGAUGUCUAUAUAUCUAUAUCUAUUUUAUCCUGAGUCUGGAUGUAACUUUUCUAUGUACAUUCUGUAUGAAAAAUAUAGGUAUGUGCAUAGAAUUGGGUGAUCUCAGGCUAAAUAUAAUAUAGAGAGGAACUCGUUCAUUGACUCAUUCAAAUGAAACAACUAUUACUUUAAAUUAUUUCAAAAUUUAACAUAAAAUUGCUGUAAAAUGCUUUGAUUAAUUAAAAAAUUUAAAUAAUUAUGACUGUAAUCCAUCAAAAAAUGCUAAUAUCAAUUUAUUUUCCUAAGUCUCGACAAUAUUUCAUAUAUGUUAAUAUAUAUGUCUGUUCUACGAGCGAACGCGAGGACCGCGAAAAGAUGUGACGCGGAUAGCAUCUAAUUUUUGUACGUGUUGUCUUCACUAAUUAUGACUAUAAUUCAUCAUAUAUCGUCUUAAUUGACUAAAUUGCCUGGAAUUCUAUUUGUUCUGUCGAUUUUUUCUAGCGCUAAUAGUUUUUAUUCAAAUCACAAACAAACUUCGGAAAUACAUUUGAGGAGGAAGGGCCGACCACUUAGAAAUAGGGGCUUUUGAGGAGAUACUCUAAGAUCAUUCAAAAUCAUGUGCCAAAACUCAACUACUUUAUUUGUUUUGAGGUUAAAAAUAGACAUUUUCCCAUAAUAUAGCGUUAUGCAAAGGCAUUCUGUGUACAUUCUGUUUUACGUCAUUUGACAUUUUGCGUUAUGAUGUUUUGGAAAACUCAAAUACUUUGGAUCGUCGGGGGUGUUAUAAAUUUUUAAUUUACACUUGUUAUUUAUAUCGAUUUACAAAGCAGCGCCUUUUGAAUGCGCCCUAAGUAAGCAUUUACGAGUAUAACAAUAAAUAAUAAUUUGCUACUAACCACUUCGCUAUAGAAUAUCGGUCUUUAUAACUUAUUGUUAUAAUGUGCUUAUAACGAAACUAAUCCAAAAGUGGGGCGCCAAUCAUUCCCUCUCAUUCGCAUUCUAUAUCUGUCUAUACUCACACACUUCAGUAGAGCACGCAAAAUAAAAUCUGAAUAAAUUUACACACAGUGCACUAAAAAUAUAAUGCUAUACACAAUUAUGUUUUCUGCUAUCUUUUCGGUUGUUAUUUUUGACGAUUUAUUUUCUUGAUUUGUUUUGUUUUUAAUCCCCGACCUAAAAAGAGGGGUGUUAUAAGUUUGACGUGUGUAUCUGUGUAUCU